AUGGAUGGACAGAGGAGAGACGAUGAUGUUGCGCCUUCCCUGGUUGCCAGUGGCAUGCUGACCGACCUCCCACGUGAGUGCCGACAUGCUGCCAUCAACUCGCCCGCGGGGUUUCCGCAACCCGAAGACACACCCAGCGCGUUGCCGCCGCAGCGACUCGAGAUCGAGAGGCGGAGGCCGUCGCGACCGGAGAUCCCCAAUCGGCGUCGUCGCUGCCGCAUCGUCCUCCAGCGCUCAAUUGGAGCGCACCGUGCGCACGGGACAAUUUCGGCCAUUGCGAUGCUCCGAUCUGCUGUUGGACUCGCUCUCCGGCAGUCGGCGCCGGCCGCUCGCUUCUGCGGCAAGGUCGGCCGCCGCAACCCUGCAUCCAACAUCACCACGAGCGGUAGUUAUGGUAAUUAUGACGCUAGCAGGAGGUUUGAGUUCAGCAAGGAAGACUUUGCCGGCUGCACCGGUGUGGAAUUUAUGAUUGGCGCCUUUGCCUGCGGCGUAGCACUUCUGUUUAGGCACUAUACGACUCCUCCCUACGAAAAGGAAUCGAGGUACAAUACGGCAAGUUGUGAAACAAAAUCCACUUCUGAUACUUGUCAGCAUGGACAACAUGGACUAGAGAAAAUGGAAUAGGGAGCAGCAUGUCUAAAGGAAAGAGCAUGUCUAACUAGUCUCAUGUCUUACCUGUAUAAGUUCUUGGAUGGGAGAUCUACAAUUUAGUCUGUUGCAUUGUAUUAUAUAUAUGAGAAGAUGCCUAAUGACGAAAGUGAAGUCCCUUGUGGCCUUGUCGACUUUCUGCAUGUAUCUGCCUUUUCGCCUUCUUUGACUAUGCCCUCUACUGUAGAUAUGACAAAAGAUGUAAGAAAGUGAAGAUUGAUUUCCAAAUGAGUUCACCUCCUUUUGAAAUGCUAGUUGGUUAAACUGGCCCGGACUCUGGAGAUACUUGGACCGCUUUGCGGCCUCACUUACUCAAUAUUCAUGGCCUGACUAAUUAAUGCUCAGUUCAACCAGGCUUAACUUGUUUAGUAUCAUUUUUUUU